AUGGAUAUAGUUGAUCGUGGUUCAGUUAAAGAUGUUGACCAACAACAAUUUACAGCUGCUUUUUCUGAAUUUCUUAAAAAAACAGGCAAACUUGACGUACCAUCUGGUAAUUGGGCCGAUAUUAUCAAAUUAGGUAUUCAUAAACAGAUGGCACCUGUUGAUCCAGAUUGGUAUUAUACACGAUGUGCAUCAAUGGCACGUUUUCUUUAUUUACGUCGAACCGGUGUUGGUGCAUUUACACGUGUUUAUGGUGGUUUAAAACAUAAAGGUGUUCGUCCAUCACAUUUUCAACGUGGUUCACGUAGUGUUGUACGUAAAUGUCUUCAAUCGCUUGAAAAAGCAAAAAUUAUUGAAAAACAUGCAUCAGGUGGUCGUGUUCUUUCAACAUUAGGAAGACGAAAUAUGGAUACUAUUGCUAAACAAGUCGCUGAAAAACUUGCUCGACAAGCACAACAACAACAACAACAACAAUAA